GGCGGAGUUUAUGCGAGGAGAUUUUUAUUGAAAGAGCGCCACGGAACAUCAGUCAGUCAUUUGAGGAGAGUCGAAUCACUGAAUCAUCAGGAAGGAAUGGCUCCGGUAUCAGUCAAACGCGUUUUGAUCAGUGAAAGUGUCGAUCCAUGCUGCAAAACUAUUCUGCAGGAGAACGGCAUUGAAGUGACGGAGAAGCAGCAGAUGACUAAAGAAGAGUUGAUUGCAGAGAUUCAGAAUUAUGAUGGUUUAGUCGUCCGAUCAGCAACCAAAGUUACCUCUGAUGUCAUCAAUGCUGGCAGUAACUUGAAGAUCAUUGGACGCGCCGGAACAGGAGUUGACAACGUGGAUGUGGAUGCAGCAACCAAGAGAGGCAUUAUUGUCAUGAACACUCCGAGUGGAAACACAAUCAGUGCUGCUGAGCUCACCUGUGCUCUAUUGAUGAGCUUGUCAAG